AUGGAGUUCCGUGCGGCUCGUGACAUCAAGGCUGGGGAAGAACUGUUUAUCCAGUACACUGAACCCACCUUUUCUACGUCCCGCCGGCAAGAAGAGCUCAAGCCUUACGGAUUCCAGUGCGGCUGUGAGUCGUGUACAACAUCGUCGCACUCUGACCUUGUGCGAAAGCAGCUGCACCGUAAUAUACCUAUGCGGGUCGGUUACUCGCGUCUCGUGGUUUUCCUCAUGACGCCCGGACUUCCAGAGAGCUAUGUGGUAGAUCAUUCCCUUCAACAGUUGGAGUUGAUUGAGCACGCGGGAUUGGAGGUGUCCCACUUUUACUCAAUGCAUCUCAAAUUUUUGGUUGAGGCGUAUUGUGCGGCGGGAAAUGUUCAGAAAGUUUUAAUCUAUAUGCGCAAAGCUGAAGCAAUUGAACGUGCACUAUCAGGGGGAGAGGAAAAGUCCAUCAAGGCGCUCAUGAAGAUGAUAAAGGAGCACCAGAGAUGGGAUUGGAAGAAGAAAAUACAAGAUGUCACAGAAGCUGCCGGAUUCUAUGCUUGA